AUGGAGGUGAAGCACGUGGAGGAGGUUCAGAAGCUCAGUGCGGUGAUAUCGGAGCUCGAGCUUAUACUUCACUCUGCCGCCGCGAAGCCGCCUGAUCCCCUCUUCUGCUUCGAUCUGCUCAAGAAUCUCCAUGCCUCCAUCGAGCAUGAACCCGAGGAGUCGCUGCAGCUCAUGCAGCGGCGCAGCGAGGACACCCUGCAGGCGCUGCUGCUGCAGGGCGCGGGCCCCCCGAACCGGCGGCUGCUGGCGGGCGCGCUGGUGCGCGUGAUAGAGCGCGGGGACUCCAUCUCCGUGUACUCGCGCGUCAGCUGCCUGCAGGGCUGGUUCUUUGAGAAGGGAGAAAAGCGGGCGACCGCUGUUGUGGGGGCGCUGGAAGCAUUGACAACCAUCACACGUGCGUUCGGCACACGGAUUGCAUCCAGCCUCACGGAGACGGUCAACGUUGUCAGCCGGCUGUUGCGCAAUGCAGAGCCCAGCGUGCGGAACGCAUCCCUGCAGCUGCUGCUGGCAGCAAUCGAGGUGAUGAAAGGCGCGGGCCCCACUUCCGCGUAUACUGACGCAGUGCGUGCACUCUCCGGCUAUGGCGUGAGAGAUAGGUCCGCCCUGGUGCGCGAGACCACGGCACACUGCAUCCAGGCGCUCGCGGUUACCGGUGGGCCGGGGCUGGCGGGAGGCGCGCUGGAUUCCAUGGCGCAGCUGUGUGUGAAGGCGGUGGACGACCCAGCGCAGGCUGUGAGGGACGCUUUUGCUGCUGCACUGGGAGCGGUGGUGGCUCUCGGCCUCAACCCUUCCGCUCAGAUUGUCCCCAGGGGCAAGUCGUCAGCAGCGCCCCCCAAGGCCAUGGACAAUGCCAUUCAGAAGUACCUCACUACACCGUUUGUUCGAGCCCCAGCAUCGCGCAGCAAGGAGAUCCGAUUGGCCAUUGCUAUGGCAUGGGUGGCGCUGCUCCAGAGUCUGAGGGCGCAGUAUGGAGUAGCGGACAUGGACCUGGUGCCCUAUGGCAUGCAGGCCCUGGCGCUGCUGCCCGCCUAUGCUCGCUCCAUUGACUCGCAGGCUCAGGCAUGUGCUCUCUACAUUCUUCAAGUGGGCCUUGUGGAGCAGAUGGGGGAGGAAGCACAGCGGGAGUUCACUCGAACCCUCACACACCAGCUGACAGCCAGUGACAUGGGUCCGCACAUGCUCGUUGCUGCUCUGCGCACGCUCUCCCACCUCCUCAACACGCUCGGCGAGGUCACGCAAGCAGCGAGAGAGGCACUGGACUAUGGUCUGCUGGCAACUCUCUCCAACUCCUCUCCUGCUGUGCGGGUGGAGGCAGCGCGCACCAUCAAGGUGCUGGCGCAGGUGGACGCGUCCCGUGCCCACUCCUUUAUCCUCUCCGGCUUCACUGCUCUCCGUGCGCUCAGGGAAACCAUGAACACUGAGAAGGGCGAGCGUUUGAAGCUGACUCUAGACUCUCUGCAUGGCCAAGCGCUCAUGCUCUCCGCUCUGCUCGUCCUUGGGCCCAAGCUGCCCCUCGGUCUCCCUUCCAGUCUCUCGCUCUCUAUCCUCGACAUGGCACAGCAGAUGGUGCUGUCGCCAGGCCAGCUGCCAGCAGCAGCAGCAGCAGACCACGAGGCAGGCUGGAUCCUCAUCGCCUCGCUGCUGCUCUCCAUGCCCAAGGAGGAGGUGGCACGGAGGGAGGUGGAGUUUCUUGCGUUGUGGACCAUGCCCUUUGGGGGCAGCUGCGCCGACCGAGUCAAGAGAAUCGACGCUGCAAGCCUGCCUGGAGAGCUCAACUGCUGGUCCGCAGCCAUGGAUGCUCUGAGGGCGUUUAUAGUGAGCUAUGUGGUGCCCAACCUAGCAACUCCCUCUGUGGCCGAGACCAUCAACCCCAUCAUGGGCUACCUCUCAGGAGCACUGACGUACAUUGCGUCAUCAACCCUGGGCGAGGCGUCGUCAUCAGUGAAGCAGCACGCGGAGCUGUUCAUAGUGCGCACGCUCAACACCUUCCACGCGUUGCCCGACCCCGCACUCUACCGCCACCUGCACCCCAUGCUCAUCGACAUCUGCACCGCUCCCUUCCGAGAAACGGCAUCAUACCCCAGCAGCUCUCUCCUCCGCACUCUGCUAGAGCCCAGUGACUCCAAUCUUGGCCCCUGGUUCCCGGGAAGGGAUGUGCUGGAGGACGAGUUACGUGCGCUGGAGGGUGGCAUGGAUGGGGUCAUUGCGUCUGUCUGGGAAGAUGACACCUCCACCUUCCCACAGUCCGUGCCUCUGGGAGUGGCUCUAGUCGACUUAAUGCUACGCUGCUUCAUCGCGCUCUUCCCCAUCCAGGUUCCAAUGUCCAAGGUGGCGCUGGUGGAUACCCUGUCUGUGGCGGUGAAGGGCAACAAGCGCCAGGCUCUGCGCGUCUCUGCCACUGCCAAUGCCUGUGUGGUGGUGGUUGGCACUCUUAAGGCCAUGGUAGCGCGCAAGGCAAAGGAGGAGGAUGCAGAGACCCUGCGUCGCAUCCAGGCGCUGGUUCAGAGCUUUGUGGCGAGUGACCCGACCAACCCAGCGUUCAAGAGGGCGUCAGCAGAGGCCUUGGGCCUGCUGGCUCGCCUGGGAGACGACCUCUUUGCUGUGCGCCUGAUCCGUUCUCUGCUGGCCGAGGGGGAAGCGGCCACUGACCCCUCCACUAGGGCAGCUGUCGCUCUCGCAUUCGGAUCAGUGCUCCGCAGUGUGGGUGGCAUAGCGCUCUCAUCCUUCAUCUCCCCAGUGGUGCAGUUCCUAAUGGCCAUGGCGCGUGCACCAGGAGAGCACCUGGGGCACAUCUGGGCUCUGCACGCGCUCUGGCUUGCUGCCGACGCCGCUGGCCUCUCGUACACUCCCCAUGUACAGGCCACCUUGUCGCUGCUGAUGGACGUGCUGCUGUCAGACGACCACGUGGCAGCGGGCUUGCCUCAGAGCGUGGCUCGUCUGGUCAACGCCCUCGUGGCCGUCUUUGGCCCUGAGCUGCUCCCAGGCUCUACGGUCUUCUACCGCUGCAAGUGUAUUCUGGACGACAUCAGCCAGAGAAACGACCCUGCUGCACAGCUAGAGUGUGUGCUGUACACACAGCAGCUGGUGCUGUUUGCGCCUCAGGCCAUGCCUCUGCACCACCAUGUUACCACCCUCCGCGCCACCCUCACCUCCCGCCAGCCGAGUUUGCGGUUUGCUGCCAUUUCCACUCUGCGUCACAUGUGUGAGAGAGAGCCGGCGGCCAUGGUAUCAGAGCAGAUAGAGGAGGACCUCUUCUCCAUGCUUGACAACGAGACGGACCCCAGGGUCAUAUCUGGUGUGUGCAUGGCCUUGGAGCGACUGCUAGAGGCUGCAUGCCCCACAUACCCCAGUCGAUGGCUUCGCCUCUGCAAGAACGUGGUAUCUUCGUCUGCUCUUCUUUCCUCUUUCCAGAAGUUGUUUGUUGCCGCUGUAGAUAGCUCCUCCUUAGAGCUUUCUUCCUGUGUAGCCAUGAAUCAUGGAGAUUUUUUCUCGUGUGAGUCUCCGGGUUCCGUAUCAGCUGCCUCGUUUUUUCUCCCCCACCCUCUCCACCCUCUCCGCCCCAUUCCUCCAUGCCCCUUUCCACGCCUCUCCUCUUCCCCUAAAACCGCGCUACCCACCCACCUGUGCCUCGUCCUUCCCACCCACCCCUGGCGUAUCAUUUUCUUUCAGGUGCUAGCAGCGUCUGCCACUAGGAGAGCAGGCGAGGCAAAGGAAGUCGCAGGGGAGGGGCGGAAGGGGGAAGCAGGGGAGGACGAGGAGGAUGAUGAGAGUAUGGUGGCGGCAGGGGGGGAUGGAGCGCGCACAGGGGGAGCAGCAGGAGCUGGGGCGGGGGCAGGGGGAGCGGGAGGGGGAGGAGGAGCGGGGAAAGGAGGCGGGGCGGGGAUAGGUGGAGGGACACCGAUUGGGGGCGUGGGAGGAGGGGGAGGAGGGGCAGUGAGGAGGGGAGUGGAUCAGCUGCCAAGGUUCAGGACGAGAGUGUUUGCGGCAAAGUGUCUUUCCCGGCUGCCCUACAUGGUGGGCUCCGACCCUGCUCACUUUGACAUCACUGUCGCAAAACAUAAAGUGGACGCGAGGAGGCAGGCCGGCCGCGAGAGUGGAGGGGGCAGUGCACAGCAGGCGGACUGGCUCGUGCUGCAUCUGGGUGACCUCGUGGCUGUGGCCUUCCAGAUGGCAACAGGAAGCAUGGAAGGCGUUCGCCCCAUGGGGGUGUCUCUCCUUGGGACCAUACUGGACAAGUUUGGUCACACAGAGGAUCCAGACUUUGAGGGCCACAUUCUGCUCGAGCAAUACCAGGCUCAGUAUGUGUCCACGGUGCGCACAGCCAUGGAUGCUGCCAACAAUCCUCUGCUGCUGCUGGCAGGUGCCAGGCUGGCAGAUAAGGUUGUGAGCGGCAGGUUAAGAGGCUCAGACGAAUCUGUGGUGCCACGUGUCAUGACCCUGUUGGCCACGCCCCUCAGCAAGUGGGAUGCCCUUGGCAACUGGUCCUAUGCAGAAUGGGUUGGCUUCAAGGUGAAGGUCGAGCUAGUGGUGCGGCACGCCCGCCUCAAAUCCCUCACUCUCGCCUCCUACGACGCGCAACUCGCCGCCGCAGGCGCCCCUGCCACAGCAGCCACUCCCGAAGCCGGAUACGACUCAGAGGACGAGCAUUUCGAGUCCGACACACGUCUCGCCGCCCUCCGUAAAGUGCGAGCGGCGGUCGAGCAAACCCCCGACUUGCUCGUGUCCCACUGGGUUGCCCUUCUGCGUGACUACCUCGCCGCGUUCUCCCUCGAGCCAAACGUGCAGGCGGUGUAUCGGUCCUCGUACGCUGCUGAGAUGUCUCCGUCCAUGCUCCCGUUGAUCAAACGGUACCUUCUCGCGUCGUCCCCGGUUGUUCUAGAUGCUGUUACUGUAGGCGUCAAACCCAACCUGUCUGCGGCGAAGGAAGCAGCUGCGGCAGCGGCUGCUGCAGCCGCUGCAGCUGCGGCAGCAGAUGCCGAGGCAGCCGCAGCGGCGGCGGCUGCGGCAGGUUCGGGGGUGACGAUUCUCGCUCCUGUCUUCGCAGUAGGUCCUAGCUCGGCUGGGUCUAAAGGCCCUCCUAGUGCCACAUCGUAUGGGGGCAUCGAUCCGAAGCAGUUUCACCAGCUAUGGGCUGCUUGCCUGUAUGCCAUCUGCCAUCCCGCUGGAGAUAAGACCAGUGGUGCUGGUUCUGGGGAAAACGGAGGGGCAGAGGGGUCAAGGAGAACAUCGGAGGAUGGGCAGCAGGGGCAAGAGCAGCAGGAGGGGGGGCAUGAGCAGCAGGAGCAGGGGGGCGAGGUGGUGAUAGGGGAUUUCUUGCAAGCGGAUGCGUCGUUGGGCUGCAAGGGAGGCAGCAGCGAGGCGGUUGUUGGGGAGGGGAGGAGUGUGGCGCUGCGGGCGUUGGGGCGGUUGAUGCAGCGGGAGCUCUUUGGGGGUGACUUCAUCGAGGAAGAGGACUGCCUGGAGCUGUUGCAGGUCAUUGCGUCAGUGAUGGAGGAUGGAGACAUGGCGCUCAAGGCACAGGCACUGGACGUACUCACCAAGUUCAUGGCAUGCGCACCAGACGCCCUGAUCUCCAACUUGGACAUUGUAUCAGCUGCCCUGGCGGCAUGCAUGCACCUGCUGCACUCUGCCCUGCACUCUGCCACUGACAGCACCAGUGAAUCCACUGCCUCGCUGUCAGCAGCAGAGGCAUCGCUGCUCAUCUCUGCUCUCAAGCUCGUCGCCUCCAUCGCCCCCCGCCUCUCCUCCCAGGGCAAGGUACUUCUGCUACCCAGCAUCAUGACCACGUGCCUGCGCCUGCUGCGCUCUGCUCCACUCUCUGAUUCCUCCUCCUUCGACCAAGCUGACUCUCUCGCCUCGUCAGCAGCAGCAGCAGGAGCAGGGGUGGAGGAAGGGUGGGGUGCGGUUCUGGCAGAAGCCACGGUCACAGCCAUUGCUGCAGCCCGCAUUGGCUCCUGUGCUGACCCCACGGCAUCCCUGGGAGAGGUGACUCUGUGGUCGGGGCAGCGGGCCACAGUGGUGGCAGCACUGCUGGAGGGAGCUGCGCAGAUCGUGGACCGCCACCUGUCCACCCAGGAUUGGUCAGGAGCCGAUGCAGCGGGUGAAGCAAGCAGUGGUGACAUGGAGGCGACUGGGAAUGAUGGUACUGCUGGAGACAGCAAGGAUGUGGAAGGCAGAGGUGGUGAUGGUGAUGGGAUUAAGGGCCUGGUAGGAGGAGAAGGAGAAGGAGGAGAAGUACAAAAGGGGCUGGUGGAGGGAGAGGAGAAGUUGAGGAACGAGGAGGGUGAGGAGGUGAAUGAAGGAAAAGGGGAUGGCGAGAACGUCGAGGAAGGGGGUGAGGGUAUGGUGACUGCAGCAGCUGGUGGUGGCGACAAUGGUGGAAAAGAAGCAGCAGCAGCGCCAUCAGCAGCAGAAGAAAAAGCAGAUCAGUCCAACAGCUUUCUCGACAUGUCUUCCUCUCCCCUCGACACCAUCCCCAAUGCUGAUGUGGCCUUCUCAACCAUGUCGCCGCCAUCGUCCCCGUCAGCGCCACGUGGCGGCUUCUCAGAGCCGGAAGGCGCUCCAAGCGCCACGCGUGCGCUGCACGCGCUGUCGCUUCUGGCAGCGCUGCCGCCGCUGGUGUCGGGCGCGGGAGGGGAUUACUUUGCGAUCCAGCUGGAAGAGAGCGGCAUGGCUCGAUGCAUGCACGCGUUCGAAACAGCAUUUGCGUCCAAGUCACGACAGGUGCGCAUGGCAGUGAUAGGAGCCCUCAAGGUGCUGCUCCAGGCGGGAUUGCCCAAGGCCCUGGCAACAGCAGGCGCAGCAGGGGAGGGAGGAGCAGAGGGAGAGAGCGGUGCUGCCGACAGCAGCAGCAGCACCAGCAGCAUGAGGAGGCAGGCGACUGUGGUGUGGUGGCCCAUGCAGCUCAUGCUCGCACUCACUCCUGCUGUGCUCUCAGUCAUUCAGACCUCUUCCAAGGAUCUGCAAACCCCCCAGGCAGCCAACGAGGUGAUGGAGGCGCUCAAGCUCUUCCUGCUGCUGCUCUCCACCAUCCCGCCUCCUGACGCCAAGGAGAAACUGCCAGGGGCAGCGGGUGCAGCAGCGGCGGCAGCGGGUGGGGAGAGGCAGCAGGCGGUGCUGGAGCUGCUGCUGGUGACGGCGAUCAUGGCAGGGUCUAUGGCACAGCCGGCAGGAGGGGAGGGGCAGCAGCAGAGUCCAACACAGGCAGCAGUGAUCGGCAUGGCAGUGAAGCUCAUCACCCACCUCGCCACCGCCUUCCCCGCCAAUCUGCAAGCUGCCACCACCGCCCUCCCCCUGGCCACCAAGCUACAGCUCCAGACCGUGAUCAAGUCCUCCGUCCAGCAAUCACAGCCACGCCGUGUCUCCUCCUCCUCCCCUGCUGCUCCUCUCGCCCCUCCACCUCUCCCCUCAGUCUCUUCCCCCGCUCUUCCUCCCCCCUCCACCACCACCACCAGCACCGCCAUCCCUCCUCCCAUCCCUCUCCCCUCAAGCGCCCCAUCUAAAGGUUUCCUCGCACCUCCCCCUCCCUCCUCCUCCUCUUCUCCCUCCACCUCGCCUUUCCAGCCCCCUCCUCUCACCCAGCUCUCUGCCUCCCGCCUCUCUGCCUCAUCUGCAAGCUCAGACACUGCUGCAGCCACCACCACCACCACCGCCACCUCUUCUGUUGCUGCUACUGCCGCUGCUGCUGCGGAGGCCACUGCUGGGAACAUGGGAGGGUUUAGUGAUGACGAUGAUGAUGAUGAUGAGUGGGCUGAGUUUCAGUCUAUUCGUUCCUCUACCACUUCCACCUCCACCAGUACAGCCCCCCCCAGUGCACGCCCCUCCGCCACUGACGAUACCGCUGCUGCUGCUGAAGCUGUUGCAACAGACACUGCUGUUGAUGGCGAUUCGGCUGUGUCAGAAGCUAGCCGUUUGGCACAGGAGAAUGGCUUGUCUGAAGCGGACAAAGCAGGGGCGGGAGGGGGAGAGGAUGGGGUGGGUGUGGCACGGGAGAGUGGUGUGAGCAGUGCUGAUGCAGACUCACUAGAUGAGGACGAUGAUGAUUUUGGAGACUUUACUGAUUUCUCCUCCGCACCACCUUCAACCACUAUCCAGCCAGAAGUAACAGCAGCCGCAGCUGCUGCUACUGCUGCUGAUGCUGCUGCUGCUGCUGCUGCUGCUGCUGCUGUUCCCGCUGCAACAGAGGCAGCUGAAGCACCAGCAGGUGCGGUGGAGAGUGCACCAGCAGAGGCAGGAGUCGCUGGUGGUAGUGCUGAAGCAGCAGCUGCAGAUGACAGUGACUGGGGUGAUUUCGAAGACUCCUUUGCUUCUGCUCCUGCUGCUCCUGCUCCUGCCAUGCCUGCUACCCAGUCAGCAGCACUUUCUCAGGAGGAGAGCUCUAGACCGGCAGCAGAAGCACAGGAACCAGCAGAGGCGGCGGGAGCAGCAGCAGCUGAUGUUGGGGGAUUGUCAGAGGAAGAUUUUGUGCAAGUUAGCCUUGAGACGAGUGGAGGUCGUGAGGCGGUGGCAUUGGAAGAGAGCAGGGCAGAUAGCACAGGCGGAGAUGCAUUAGCCGCAGGAGGAGGAGCAGGAGCAGCAGGAGGAGGAGUAACAGCAGCAGCUGACGUUGCGGAUGUGGCCGUUGAUCUGUCCUCCCAGGCAGCACCAGCGAUCCCAGCAGCAGCAGCAGCACCAGAAGCAGUGGAUGCUGAUCCCUUUGACGAUUUCCUGGCCUCUGCUCCUGCUCCUGCUGCUGCUGUUGCUCCCGCACUUGCUGAGUCAGCACCAUCACUUGCUGAGUCAACACCACCUUCUGCUCAGUCAGCAGGUCCCAUUGGCAGCAAAUCUGCUGUUCCUGAUUCUGGCCUUCUGGUCUUCGAGACGCUGACAGGAGCAGCAGGCUCGGAUGCAGCUAAGAAGGGCGAGGACAACGAUCCGUUUGCAGACUUUGCUGUGGCAUCGCUUGUGCCUUCUGCUGCACCUGCUGCACCUGCUGCACCUGCGGCAGCUGCUGCAACAAUUCCUGUUGCUUCUGAGGCCGCAGUCUCUCACAUCCCCCACUGCUCGCUCACUCCCUUCACCCCAGCUGCAGUCCGGGGUUGCUCUUACUCCGUCUCUUCCGCCGCAAUCCACGCCUGGGAGUCCACUCCCUCCCAUCAUCACCCCGCCGCUUCCAUUUUCAUCGGGGAAGAUCGCGCGUCGCAUUCUAGACCCGUCGUUAAACUCCGAACUCUAGCCACCAUGGCGCGUUGGUCUCACAUCCUCGCGCCCGCGUCCCGCCGCCGCGCGUCGCAUCUCCUCGAUCUUGCCGCGGCGCGCAGCCCCGCGCUGGCCACCCUCCUCGACACCUCCUGCGCCGCCUCGAUCGCCCCGUUCCGCGUCGCGUUGCAACGCCAAUCCACGUCCGCUCCCACCAACGCCGCUCCUGCGGCUCCUGCUGCUUCUGCCACUCCUGCUGCUGCUGCUGCGACCUCCGCGCCUGCCGCGAACUACCUCUACCGUGAGAUCUACAACCGGCAGCGGCAGCUCGUGCCGAUCAACCACAUGGUGCCUGACGUGGCAGUCGACGCGUGGGUCGCGCCGAACGCGAUCCUCGCGGGCGGCGUCACGAUCGACGACCGCGCGUCCGUCUGGUACGGCAGCGUGCUGCGCGCCGAUCUGAACUACAUCCGCAUCGGCGCGUACAGCAACAUUCAGGACCGCGUCGUCGUGCACGCCGCGUCGGCAUCCCCCACGGGCCUCUCCGCGGAGACUACAGUCGGGAGGUAUGUGACCGUUGGGCAAAACUCCGUGCUGCGAUCGUGCGAGAUCGAAGACGAGGUAGUUAUCGGGCAACGGUGCCUUGUCCUCGAAGGAGCUAUCGUGGAAAAGAACGCCGUUCUCGCGGAUUGCACGGUGGUGGGUCCCGGGCAGCUGAUCCCCGGCGGGCAGCUUUGGGCGGGCAGCCCGGCGAAAUUUGUGCGCGAGCUGACGGCGGACGAGGUGGCGGAGAUUCCGAAGCUGGCGGAGUCGGCGCACUGGCUCGCGGAGCAGCAUAAGUCGGAGUUCCUGCCGUAUUCCACGGCGUAUAUCCAGGCUGAGAAGCUCAAGGCCGCGCUUAAAGCCUCUUCCGCUUAA